AUGCAGGUGGUGGCAGGGCAGGGCGAGAGUGGGCAAGGCGAGAGUGGGCAGGGCGAGAGUGGGCAGGGCGAGAGUGGGCAGGGCGAGAGUGGGCAGGGCGAGAGUGGGCAAGGCGAGAGUGGGCAAGGCGAGAGCGGGCAAGGCGAGAGUGGGCAGGGCGAGAGUGGGCAGGGCGAGAGUGGGCAAGGCGAGAGUGGGCAGGGCGAGAGUGGGCAAGGGGGGGAAAGGCAACAGAGAAGCAGCAACAGGAGAGCUGUACCUUCUUUCUCCCAUUCCCGCCUUUUCCCACAGGGAAAUACGCCGAAGGGGGCGGCAGGGCAGAGGAGUGGGAGGAGCGGAGGAGGGUGGUGGUGGUGGCUGGUAAAGGAGAAGGGGCAGCAGGGGGGAAAUCUGAAUUCUCUACCUUCCUCCCCUUCAGGGGGGGAGGGGCAGGAGGGGCAGCAGGGGGGAAAUCUGAAUCCUGUAUCCUCCUCCUCCCCCCCUCCCCCCCCAUUCCACAGGGAAAUACGCCGAAGGGGGUGGCAGGGCGGAGGAGUGGGAGGAGAGGGGGAGAGUGGUGGCGGUGGCGGGGGGGGAAGGGGCAGCAGGCGGGGUGCAGGAGGUGCGGGAUCCUGUGUUCGGGCUGCGCAUGGGGGAGGGCUUUCAGGCCUCUUCCGAGGGGCUCAGGUGAGGGGAAAGGGGAAGCAGGCAGCAGGCGGGGUGCAGGAGGUGCGGGAUCUUGUGUUCGCGCUGAGGAUGGGGGAGGGAUUUCAGGCUUCCUCUGAGGGGCUCAGGCCCCUUCAGAGGGGCUCAGGUGAGGGGAAAGGGGAAAGCAGGCGGGGUGCAGGUGGUGCGAGGGGGAGGGCGGCGGGUGAAGCGGCAGUAGGGAGAAUGCAGGAGGUGUGGGACCCUGUGGGCUGGCUGAGGAUGGGGGAGGGCUUUCAGGCUUCCUCAGAGGGGCUUAGGCAGCAGGGGGAGUGCAGGAGAGGUGGGGGGAACGAGCGGGGGGGUAGGGACGCAGGCGGAGUGCAGGAGGUGCGGGAUCCUGUGUUCGGGCUGAGAAUGGGGGAGGGAUUUCAGGCUUCCUUUGAGGGGCUCAGGUGGUUUGUCAUUGACACACAAGCAGAUGAACCCGCACCUCCUUCCCCCUCCUCCUCUCCGCCUCUCCUCCUCCUCCACGGCCUCCCCUCUCACAGCUACUCUUUCCGCCAAGUUAUCAACACCAUCAACCCUGGGACCUUCGCCCUCACCAGCAGUGCAGCAGCGGCAGGAGGAGGAGGAGGUUCGGCCGAAGCGGGAGGGCUAGGUUCGGAGGAGGCGAUCGGCGUGCGGUGCGUGGCGCCGGAUUGGCUCGGGUUCGGAGGCUCGGAUAAGCCCCAGGCAGACCAGAAGAGGUUCGGGUAUUCCCCGAGUGACUACGCUCGGGAACUUGGAAAUCUGGUGGCAACGAUGGGAGUGGAGGAUGUUUCUGUUGUAGCCCAGGGCUAUUUCUGUCUGCCCGCUGCUGAAUUUGUCCUUUCCAACCCUGCCCGGAUUCGCCACCUCAUAUUUAUCAACCCACCUAUCACAGACAAGCACGCCAAGCUGCCCUCGUGCCUGUCGGCCUUCUCCAACUUCCUGCUGGGAGAGAUCUUUGCACAGGACCCGCUACGUGCUAGCGAUCGGGUACUAGAGGAGGCCGGCUGCUACCUGAUAGACGAGGAGGAUGCAAUGGUGUACCGCCGGCCCUACCUCGCCAGUGGUGCCUCGGGGUUUGCACUCACAUCCAUCACCCGAGCGUUUCAGAAGGAUCUCAAGGCGUCACUCCCUCUGGUCUCCAAGGCCCUCGCUGCUGUGUCUGCCCAGCCCUCCUCCUCUUCCACCGUUAUUUGGGGCAUGAAGGACCGCUGGCAGUCGUUUGACGGGGUCAGGGAAGCGUGCAGGGCAGCCGGGGCCGUUCUAGUGACUCUGGACGAGCCCUCCUCCGCAGCCACGGUCAUGUGGGGCAUGAAGGACCGCUGGCUGUCCUUUGAUGGGGAUUGGUUGGGAGGCUUAGCAGGGGCUGUUUUUGUUACUCUAGACGAGCAGGUGGGGCAUCAUGCACAGGAAGAUUAUGGAGAGGAGGUGGGGCGAGUAAUUCGAAACUUUCUUCGGCGCACUACAUGA